GAGAAGGAGAAUUGAAACGAAUUGAGAGAGGGGGAGGGGGAAAGCCAACCACCAUACAUACUACAGAGAGGAAGAGAGAUAGAGGGGGGAGAGAGAUAGAAUUUAAUACAAUUGAGAGAGGGGGAGGGGGACAACCAACCACCAUAUAUACUACAUAGAGGAGAGAUAGAGCAGCAGAGAGAGAGAAAGGAGGAGAGAUUGAGAGAGAGUGAGAGAGCGAGAGGUGGUGGAGGAGAAAGAGGUGGAGGAGAGAAAUUGAGAAAGAAAGAGAUAUAGGUGGUGGAGGAGAGAGCGAGAGGUGCAGGAGGCAGAGAGAGAGAGAGAGGUGCAGGAGAGAGGUGGAGGAGAGGCAGAGAAAGAGGCAGAGAGAGCGAGAGAGAGAGAGAGAGAGAGACAGAGGCAGAGGAGAGAGCAGAGCUACAGAGAGAGAGAGAGAGAAGCAGAAAGAGGACGAGAGGCAGAGUGAAAUCAUCUCUUGCAGGCAUUCAGGUUUCUGUCGCUGAUGGGGACAGGCAGAGUAGCAGGAUACCACCAGUACCUUAUCGAGGGACAGCAUCACCACAUACACACCCUGCACACACAAAAACACACCACAACACUCCAUAGGAGAAGCUGGUGAAGCUCGGAGGGGGAAACAAGCAUCUCCUCUCUGUGGUGUGGAGAGCUAGAAGACUGGACUAGAGCCUCUGCUACACCACCACACCGUGCAGGAGCCUCAUCCAGCUCUCCAGGAUCCUCUAGCAGCAACAACCCUCAUACAUAGCUCUACUUCGAUAGUACAGCUUUUUCCAUCCGACCUUCCGAUAGCUCUCCACUCCACUUGCAAAGCUCUCUCCAUCCGACUAGCUCUCUCUCUCAAAUUUCUCUGUCAGCUCUUUCUUAACCGCUACCAUGAAUUUCCUGCGUCGACGGUUGUCUGACAGCAGCUUUAUAGCUAAUCUUCCUAACGGCUACAUGACAGACCUCCAGAGAUCGGACCCUCCACCGCCUCCCCCCUCUACAGCCACCCCAGGAGUCCCAGCCACAUCCCCAGGACAAGUUCCAGCACCAGCCCCCAACGCUGCCCCCCCAGCUCCAGAUUGUGGGCCCCAGCCUGCCCAGGCUGCCCCAGCCCCGGCCCCUUCUUCAGGCUCUGGGUUCUUCAGCUCCCUGACCUCCCUGAGUUCCAUCACUAAUGUGGUAAAACAAACAGCAGUGUCAGCUGGCUUGGUGGAUCAGAACCCAGCACCCGGGCCUGGUCAUGUCUCCAUGAGAUUUAAGAUACUGCUGGUCAUCGACGAGCAGCAGUACGUGUGGUCCAGACUGUUCAGAGGGAAGAAGAUCCAAGGAGACUAUGACAUCAAAGUGGAACAGGCGGCGUUCUCAGAGAUCAACCUGGUAUCCCAUGCCAACGGGUUGUGUAACGUGGACAUACAGUUGAUCAGGAAUGGAACCAAAGUGGUGAGGUCCAUUAAACCUGACUUUGUCUUGAUGAGGCAGCAUGCCUAUAGCAUGGCCCACAAUGAGGACUUCAGGAACAUGAUCAUCGGCCUGCAGUACGCAGGAGUCCCCAGCAUCAACUCACUGGAGUCCAUCUACAGCCUCUGUGACAAGCCCUGGGCGUUUGCCCAGCUGAUCGCCACCUGUAAGAAACUAGGCCCUGACAAGUUCCCUCUGAUCGACCAGACCUUCUACCCAAACCACAAGGACAUGAUCUCCAUGCCCUCUUUCCCUGUGGUGGUGAAGAUAGGACACGCGCACUCUGGAAUGGGAAAGGUAAAGGUGGAUAAUCUGAGUGACUUCCAGGACAUAGCCAGUGUGGUAGCCAUCACUCAGACUUACACCACCACAGAACCCUUCAUAGAUGCCAAGUACAACAUCAGGGUCCAGCGGAUUGGCAGCGAUUAUAAGGCUUACAUGCGGACAUCCAUCUCUGGGAACUGGAAGAGCAACACAGGAUCAGCCAUGCUGGAACAGGUGGCCAUGACAGACAAGUACAAGCAGUGGGUGGACAUCUGCUCAGAGAUCUUUGGAGGUCUUGAGAUCUGUGCAGUCAAAGCCAUCUGUGGAAAGGAUGGGAAGGACUACAUCACUGAGGUUGUGGGUUCCUCCAUGCAGCUGAUCGGAGAGCACCAGGCAGAGGACAGGCAGCUCAUCUCUGAACUGGUGCUGACUAAGAUGAACCAGGCUCAGCCAAGGACGGCCACUCGCUCUCCUGUCCAGAAACCGAGGGAAGUGGCAGAGCCAACCAAGAACCCUGGACAGUGGCGCCAAUCUCAAGGGGGUGCCGUGCAGGCCCAGCUCACUCAGCCACAGAGUGUGGAGCCUCCAGCAGAGUUGGCCCCCAAGGUGUCCCCUCCGCCAAAGCCAGCCCCCCCUCUAGUUUUAAGAGCGGCCACCAUCCCCAUUCAAAAGCAAGCCUCCACUCCAGUGGCAAAACCAUCCUCUGCUUCAGUCUCUAGGCCAGCCCCUGCCCCAGUGCAAAAGCAAUCCUCUUCCCCUCCACCAAAGCCACCCCCUCCUGCGGUGGUAAAGACGACCUCUGCUCAAGUACCAAAGCCUAUCCCUUCCCCGGUGCAAAAGCUGGCUCCAGAUCCAGCUCCAGCUCCAGCCCUUGCCCCAGCCCAUGUCUCAACCCCAGUCCUAUCCCCAAACCUGGCCACUGUAUCAGUCCCUGCUCCUGUCUCACCCCCAGCACCAGCUCCAGCCCGUGUCUCAGCCCCAGUCCUAUCCCCAAACCUGGCCACUGUCUCAGUCCCUGCUCCUGUCUCACCCCCAGCACCAGCACCAGCACCAGCUCCAGCCCCAGCCUGUGUCUCAGCCCCAGUCCUAUCCCCAAUCCUGGCCCCUGUCUCAGUCCCUGCCCCUGUCUCACCCCCAGCCCCAGCUGCUGCCCCUGUCUCAGCUCCAACCUCCAGCCUAGCACCCGCCUUACUCCCAGUCCUAUCCCCGACCCCUUCUCCUGUCUCACCCCCAGUUCCACCCCCUGCCUCACACCCAACCCCUGCCCCCACUACACAGCAGCCCAAGCCCCAGCCUCAGGUGUCUCCAUCAGCAGCCCCUCCCCCAGGAAAGCCAGCAGAGCUGCCCCCUCUGCCUCCCAAGCCCAAGCCUAUACCUCCUGUACGCCGCAACUCCAAGCCCCUGAUCCAGCCCAAACCCCAGACCCCCCUUCCACCCCUUGGCCUGAAGCCCAGUCCUGAUGCUGUGUUUUCAUCCAGAGCGCCAGGCCAGUCCCUGUCCCCAAAGAGGUCCCCUGGGAGGGUGCAGUCCCCUUUCUUGCCCCAGUCUCCAGCUAAAGCUCAGCCACCAACGGUCCUUUCCCCAGACUUUCACCCAGACCCUACCCCUAUUAUGAUGCCCAUGUCCUCCACUGGCACUGCCAUGGCCCCUGAGCCUGCUCCAGAGCCUACUCUAGUCUCAGUUUCAGCCUCAUUCCCAUCCCCAUUCUCAUCCCCAGUCUCAGCCUCAUCCCCAGUCUCAGCCUCAUCCCCAGCUCCAGUCUCAGCCUCAUCCCCAGCUCCAGUCUCAGCCUCAUCCCCAGCUCCAGUCUCAGCCUCAUUUCCAGCCCCAGUCUCAGCCUCAUCCCCACUACCAGUCUCAGCCCCAGCCCCAGAAUCAGCUAAAGCUGAACCUCUGGUUGAAGAACCGCCAGCACCCAAGGGCCAUCCACUGCUGAAUAAGUCCCAGUCCCUGACCAAUGCCUUCAGCGCUUUGGGAGAUGCGUCGUUCUUCCGCUCCAGCUCGACCAGCUCCUCGGCGGGUGGAGAGGACGAAGCCAAGGCCGAGACCAUCCGGAACAUCCGCAAGUCCUUUGCCAGCCUAUUCUCCGAUUAGUCCUCUCCCACAUGCUCUAGGAUUGGCAGAUGACUUCAUUGACAUAAACGUGACCCAGUCUGAGAUUAACUGUGUGUAACUGUGUAACUCCCAAGUCCCGCCUCCAUCCCCUGCCUCUCUGUGUCUCUGAGGACUCAAUUGGCAAGUUGAGUGUGAUGAUGUCAAAGUGCCAGCUACCUGUAACUACCUGGUAGCUAGCUACCUGCGUGAAGCUUGGCCCUCGGUCAGAAUGUGAGGAGGAGGAGAUAUAUAUGACGGUCUAAUGCAUGAAGAUGACGGCUCCAUCAGUAGGUGUUGUGGAGCAGAAUGGAUGUUUGUGUUGAGUUGAUGUUACCCAUCGCCUCUAGAUGUUGUAGCCUUAAUGUGAUGAUGUGUUUUAUUACAGAUUCGUGACUGUGAGUGGUGACCCCUGACUCCUGUAUCACCAUAUGUACUUCCUGUGUAGUACAGAUAUCUGCAGUACGUUCUUCAUCAUUAACAGUUGUUCAAUAAUAAUACCUCUGUUGUAGCUGUUGACCACAGUCACUCAUACAUACAAGUAUACCUCUCCUUUAAUCAGUCAAACCUCUCCUUUAAGGUGUCAGACCCCUCCUUUAAUCAGUCAGACCCCUCCUUUAGUCAGUCAGACCUCUCCUAUAAGGUGUCAGACCCCUCCUUUAAUCAGUCAGACCCAUCCUUUAGUCAGUCAGACUUCUCCUUUAAUCAAUCAGACCCCUCCUUUAAUCUGUCAAACCUCUAUUUAAUCAGUCAGACCACUCCUUUAACUUGGUUAGACCCCUCCUUUAAUCAAUCAGACCCCUCCUUUAGUCAGUCAGACCUCUCCUUUAAUCAGUCAGACCUCUCCUUUAAUCAAUCAGACCCCUCCUUUAAUCUGUCAAACCUCUAUUUAAUCAGUCAGACCUAUCCUUUAACUUGGUUAGACCUCUCUUUUAUGGUGCAAGACCUCUCUUUUUCUCAGUCUGUCCUCUCCUUUAAGGUGUCAGUCAUCUCCUUUAAGGUGUCAGACCUUCAUUUAAGGUAUCCGACCACUCUUUAAGUUGUCAAGCCAACACCAGAACCGGUCAGUUUCAAUAACGUUUCAGAUCAUCUGUCCUGUAUACACCUUGGUGUCCAGCAGUUCUACCAACCUGUCAGCUUAUAUCAACUAUAUCAACAGCCAUCUAACAUGUUAUAUUGUUUAAUUAAUGCUUUGUAAAUGUUAUAUUGUACCGUUACUGUAUGUGAGUCAUCCAGGAGUUUAUGUUGUAAUAAUGAAUCAUUGAUAAUGUAUUGUAGGUUCCUGUACUGUUUUAUUUGUCCGUAUGCAGUACUGCCUUGCAUGACCAAUAUGACCCAGUGAUCCUUGGUACCAUAGUAAUGUUACCUGUACAUAAAUGUCAAUAAAUUAAGAUGUGGUAAAUCGUUCCACUAA